GGGGGCCGGACUGUCGAAAAGCGGCGCGGCGCCAUGUGGCCGCGGUUGCGGGAGGUGGGUGAGCGCGAGCCCCAGGCUCCGUGCGGCCUGUGCUCGGCGGCUGCCGCCCGCUACACCUGCCCCCGCUGCAACGUGCGCUUCUGCUCGGCCUCCUGCUACAGCCGCGCCGCGCACGGCGGCUGCGCCCAGAGCUUUUACCGGGAGCAGGUGUUGGGGGAGCUGCGGGCCCGGGAGGCGCGGCCAGACCCCGGCCUCGCCUGGAGCACCGCCCCGGCACCGCAGCUGUGGCAGCGGCUGAACGAGGAGCAGCGGCGCGGGUUCCAGGAGCUGGUGCGGACCGGGCCCGGGCCCGGGGCCGGGGCCGGGGCGCUGAUCCCGCUCUGGCGGCCCUGGUGGGAGAGACCCCGGCGGCGGGGCCCGCGGCCGGUGCAGGAGCUGCCGGAGGUAAAGAAACAUGGAGUGAGCGAGGGAGAUGAAAGACAGAAGGGCGAGGGUGAUGAAGAUGGAGAAGGGACGGAGAGGAAGAAAGAGCCAGGGAAGCAGAGACAGGGUGAUGGCCAUGAGAGGCUGGCAGAGCAAAGUGACACCAUUCCUCAAAUUAACAGGGACAUUCCUCCACUGAAAGCCCUGAACCCCAACGCUUCUGCCCUGAUCCCCUUCAGUCUGGUUAACGUGCUUUACUCCUAUGCGUUCUGCCUGCUGCUGGUCAAUGGAGAUCUGUCGGAAGAAGAGAUGGUGGAGGAAUUUGCUGAGGCUGUGAUGCUGGUCUCCGCCGUCUUCAACUCAAACUGUGUGUUCAGCUGCACUGCGGAGGCUCUGCUCUCGGGGGUGGAGGCUGUUCGGGGGGGACCCUAUGCUUCCAGCCCUUACGCUCCCGUGGACGCUAUCAAAGCCACAGCUCACAUCCUGCGGGGGGAGCGGGGUCCUGAGAGUGCCAGCUACACCCUUGCUGCUCUGUCCCACCUCAGCCGCACUCUCGGCAAAGCCAAGAGACUCCAGCAACGGCAAAGCAAGGCCGAGGCCCAACAACUGUUCCGAGCCCAGAAGAAGUGUGAGUUUGUUCUGUCCUGGGCGAGUGACAAUGGUGAAAUGCUGCCUCUGCUCUCAGUCCAAGCUGACACUGAAUAUAACAGCUUGCUGGGGUCCGUGCGGGAGGUCGAGGAGACAAAGGCCCAGCUGGAAGCAGCGUGGGGCGGUCAGAGACCAGCAGAGAAACAAGCUUUAAUCCAAGAACUUACUUAAAACCUUCCUCCUUUACUGUCAUCCUCCACCUAAGAGAGACAUCUGGGAGGCAGAUACAAUCAGGGAACUCAAAACAGUGUGAUCGAUGGCUCUUGGGUGUUUGAGACGCGAGUGGGUUUGAAGAAACAGACUGGUUGGCACAGAUCUGGGUUUAGGGUAUCUCUAAUCUUCCUGUGUGGUUCUGUAAUUGCUGAGCAUUUGUUGAUGUGGUUGGUGACUGACCCACUUCGCAGUUUACCAAAUGUGCUGAGAAUAAAGGUCAUUGUACGAGUAAA